AUGUGAACGCGCACGGCGCACGCUCUGUAGUUAGAGACCUCCAUCCAUGGGGCACCUAAUAACAUUGGCUACGUGUUCAUUGAACCAGUGGGCGUUAGAUUUUCAAGGAAACUAUGAACGUAUUAUCCAAAGCAUCGCGAUCGCAAAGGAGCGCGGUGCUACCCUGAGAGUUGGACCAGAGCUGGAAAUUCCCGGAUAUGGCUGCUACGACCAUUUCCUUGAAGGGGACACCGUCCUCCAUUCCUGGGAGGUACUAGCCAAAAUCUUGGCCAGCGACGAUACCAUGGGAAUUAUCUGUGAUAUUGGGAUGCCCGUGGUACACAAGAACGUGAUUUACAACUGCCGUGUCAUUGUACACGACAGGCAGGUCCUGCUUAUUCGGCCUAAGAUGUGGCUCGCCAACGAUGGCAACUACCGCGAAAUGCGGUACUUUACUCCUUGGGUGAAGCAUCAACAGUGGGAAGAUCAUUUCCUCCCAAGGAUUAUUCAAACCGUCACGAAGCAGGUCAAAGUACCUUUUGGAGACUGUGUUAUAAGCACGGUGGAUACCUGCAUAGGUGUCGAGCUCUGUGAAGAGCUCUUCACACCAGCAAGUCCGCAUAUCUCAAUGGGACUCGACGGCGUCGAAAUAUUCACUAAUUCCAGUGGGAGCCACCAUGAGUUACGAAAACUUUACACCCGCGUUGAGCUAAUAAAGGAAGCGACGCUCAAGCUUGGUGGCGUCUAUCUUUAUGCAAACCAACAAGGCUGCGAUGGCGAUCGGAUGUAUUAUGAUGGUUGUGCCAUGAUCGCCAUGAAUGGCCACAUCGUCGCCCAAGGUUCACAGUUCUCCUUGAACGAUGUUGAGGUCGUCACAGCUACGAUCGACAUCGAGGACGUGCGCUCACAUCGCACAUCCCGCAGCCGCGGGCUCCAGGCUGCCCGUUCUGAGGCGUUUUAUCGGGUUGAAGUGCCGUUUGCGCUUUCAAGUGGAAAGUUUGGUAAUACAGAUGGGGCGAUGACCCUAGGUAUCCAGGCCAAGCUCUCUGGAGCAAGUUUUCAUACUCCAGAGGAAGAGAUAGCACUUGGUCCAGCUUGCUGGCUCUGGGACUACCUCAGGCGCUCUCGCACACAGGGAUACUUUGUCCCUCUCAGCGGCGGUAUCGAUUCCUGCGCCACAGCUGUGAUAGUAUAUUCCAUGUGCCGUCUCGUGACUGAGGCUGCACGCAAGGGAGACAAGCAAGUCAUUGCUGAUGCAAGACGAAUGGUAGGAGAGCCGGAAGACUCGGUUUAUAUUCCUUUGGAUCCGCACGAGUUCUGCAGCAAGAUCUUCCACACGUGUUACAUGGGCACCGAGAACUCUAGCGCAGAAACGAGAAAGAGGGCCAAGGACCUCUCAGAAGCGAUCGGAAGCUACCAUGUAGACCUGAACAUGGACACUCUUGUCACCUCCAUCCGUGACCUAUUCGCGUUCGUUACUGGUAUGCGACCUCAGUUCAGAGCCCAUGGCGGUUCGGGUGCGGAGAAUUUGGCGCUGCAGAAUAUCCAGGCACGGUUGCGGAUGCUCCUUGCUUAUCUCUUCGCUCAACUACUUCCCUGGGUGCGAGGCAGACAGGGUGCGCUCCUCGUCCUUGGCAGUGCGAAUGUUGAUGAAAGUCUCCGCGGGUAUCUCACGAAAUACGAUUGUUCAUCAGCUGAUAUCAAUCCUAUUGGCGGCAUCAGUAAGACCGACCUCAAGAAGUUCAUUGCCUAUGCUCGGGAUGCGUUUGAAAUUCCCAUCUUGAAUGAUUUUUUGAGCGCCAUACCUACUGCCGAGCUUGAGCCAAUUUCAGAGACAUAUGUCCAGGCGGAUGAGGCGGACAUGGGCAUGACGUAUGAUGAACUGUCGGUCUUUGGUCGUUUCCGCAAAGUGGAGAAGUGUGGACCAUACGGCAUGUUCACGAAGCUGGUGCACGAGUGGGGCUCAUUCCUGUCUCCCGUUCAAAUCGCAGAGAAAGUCAAGCAUUUCUUCUUUGAAUAUGCGCGCAACCGUCAUAAGAUGACAACUUUGACACCGUCGUACCAUGCUGAAUCCUACAGCCCAGAUGACAACAGAUUUGAUCUCCGUCCUUUCCUCUAUCCCUCAAGGUUCCCGUGGCAGUUUAAGAAAAUAGAUGAAGUAGCUGCAAUCCUACCCGAUCGCUCCAACCCAGCUGCAGAUAGGACCGAGACUGACUGAAUAACAUAGAGAUCAGGUCUAUGUAGACGACAUAAGGCUUAAAGCCACAAUGAAACAAUAUCUUGUAUUCCAAUAUGGCGGAUAUCAUGCGAGUACAGUACAGUGCGAUGGACAGAGAAACCGAAAGGAAAUAGAUAAUAAUGUUGGUCAGAUUAUGUCCGCAAGAAACGUGAUAGCGUGCUUUGAACCGUUAUCUUCUUCAUGAUUGUCGGUUCCGGAGGAUCAGUUAGGCCUUCAUCCUUUACUUUGCGCUUGAUGCUAUCCAUGA